CUUUGGAUCUUUCAAAUAUACCAACCACCUGAAACCAGUGUGUUUGUUCUUUCUAGGGAAAGACAAGUUGCCUACAACAAGCCAGGGGGAAGAGAGGCGAGAGAGGCAGCCACUGGCAGAACAAACAGCAUGAAUUCAAUGACUUCAGCAGACCCCAGGGCCAAUACUGUGUUUGUGGCAGCACCCCACAACAGACAUCCUGUGAUCCCUGGAAACAUGUCUCAGGUGCCCCAAUAUCCACUCAAUCAGCCCCAAGUCCACAUAAUUUCUGGGAAUCCACCUGGUUUGGAGCCGCCUGUAUAUACGCAAUUUGACCAGAGAUCCUUUAAAGAGGGCAAAGUAUUAGGGGCCUUGCAGAUACUGAUCGGCCUGAUACACAUUGGCCUGGGCGGCAUCCUGGGGACCCUCAUCGCUGGGCGCUACACUUCUAUCUCAUUCAUAGGAGGCUAUCCCUUCUGGGGAGGUAUCUGGUUCAUCAUUGCAGGAUCCCUCACAGUAGCAUCAGACAACGAACCGAGAAAUUCUUGCCUGCUGAAUGGCAGCUUGGGCUUGAACAUCAUCAGUGCAAUCAGUUCUUUGGUUGGAAUCAUGCUGUUCAUCGCAGAGCUGAUUGUCAACCCCCUGGAUUACUACUAUCCCAUCUACAUUUCCUGGGGUUUGGUGAGUAUCCCUCUUGACCAAAGCUCCUUUGGGUUCCAACGUAGCUAUGUUUAGGAAAUCAUGGAAAGGGCCUGACCACCAAGCUUCUUCACCAAGCACCAAAGAAAACAGAGGUGUUAUUAGAAUCAGAACAGAGUUUCACGUGUGUAGCUUUAUUGCUAUUACUCUAAGCAUGUGACUUCUUAGCCUUGGUUUCUAUCUUUAUAAAACAGUACCAUCAGUAGAUAGUGGAUAAAAAAGUUGGGAUACAUUUACACCGUGGAAUACUAUGCAGC